AUGAGUCAGGCAGGAGAUCGUGGAAACCGUGAGAUCAAGCAAGAGAAGGGAAAGGAGAUGGGAGAACAGGCUAAGGACAGGUGGAACAGGAGCAGUAAAAACUCAGGAAGCACACUAGCAAUGAUCUGGGCUGAACAAGGUUCCACAUUUGAGUAUGCUCCAGACCGCCCUUUUAUGCGGUCGCUCUCUGAUCAGCCACAGCCCACUGACGCACAGAGCGAUGCUCGCUCUUUCCUAAGUGAAGAGAUGAUAACUGAGUUCAAGGCAGCGUUCGACAUGUUCGACUCUGAUGGAGGGGGUGACAUCAGCACAAGGGAGCUUGGAACAGUGAUGAGGAUGCUGGGUCAGAAUCCUACCAGAGAAGAACUGGAUGCUAUCAUCGAGGAGGUGGAUGAGGAUGGUAGUGGAACCAUUGACUUUGAAGAGUUUUUGGUCAUGAUGGUGCAACAACUUAAAGAAGACCAGGCUGGCAAGAGUGAGGAAGAGCUAUCAGAAUGUUUCCGCAUUUUUGACAAGAAUUGCGAUGGGUUCAUUGAUCGUGAGGAGUUUGCAGAAAUUCUGCACUCUACCGGAGAACCUGUGACUGAAGAAGAAAUUGAUGAACUGAUGUCAGAAGCUGAUAAAAACAAUGAUGGCAAGAUUGACUUUGAUGAAUGGCUGAAAAUGAUGGAACACAUACAGUAA